AUGUUUGUAAAUGGGACACGACCAGAGCACUUCACCCUCCUGGGUUUCCCCGGACUCCAUCCUCAGUAUUACAGCCCCGUGUCGGCUGUCAUGUUCCUCGUCUUCCUUGCUAUUGCUUUUGGAAACAUGUGUAUUUUAGUGUUUGUCAUGUAUGAGAAAAACAUUCAAAAGCCGUCGUAUCUGAUCUUCUGCCACUUGGCGCUCAACGACCUCACUUUCGGCACAGCUACCCUUCCUAAGAUCAUCGCCAUGUACUGGUUUGAAGACGACCUCAUCUCUUUUCAUGGCUGUUUUGUCCAGAUGUUUUUUGUGCACUAUUUGGGAGCGGUUCAGUCGUUUAACUUGAUGGUAAUGGCCUUGGAUCGAUUCAUUUCCAUUUGCCUUCCGAUGCGCUACCCUGUCUACAUCACAAAUACGUCUGUGUCUGUGCUGUGUGCGACCGCCUGGUUUAUUCCCCUCCCUAUCAUGAUCACAGUGGUCAUGCAGGCUAGCACACGUCGCACGAUUGGCUGGAACUGUUAUGGAGGCACAGACAGCGGCCGUCACAUUCGUCUUCAGGGCAGGGAGCGGACAGGCAGGUCCCGUGUGCGUCACAGUCCCCCUGGAGGAGAGAGGAGCUGGGACGAACCUCCACCGACCGACUGUGGCCGCUCAGGGGAAGGCUGUAACCGCUGA